AUGCCACUUGAAUUUGUUUUAAGCCAGAAAGGCAACCAACAGUUGGUCAAUAAAGGUUUUGUGUAUACCACGGACAAAAUCAAAGAAGACAAACACAUUUGGAAAUGUGUUCAUUAUAAUAGACACAAGUGUCUGGGGCGAGUAUGGACAGCUGAAGACAUUGUAAUUUUUGAAAAUGACAAGCAUAACCAUGUCCCAGAUGUGGCGGAAAUCCGAGUCAAGGAAGUAAUGGCCUCAAUUAAACAAAAAGCUGAAACGGUGAUGGAUACACCACAGCAAAUUUUAGCCUCUGUUACGUCGAGUCUCCCAGCGGCAGUAGCUGGAAUUCUCCCACCAGUCGCCGGGAUAAAACGAAAUAUCCUUAAAGCAAGACAAAAGGCAGCGGGAGCUAUGUCAUGCCCCACUAACAUGCGUGAUUUACUGAUUCCCGACAAAUACACUUAUACGGUGGCUGGAGAUAAAUUUCUUCAAUUCGACAGCGGUGCUUCAGAUAAUAGAAUUAUUAUCUUUAGCACGCAAAAGAAUUUGGAUUUGAUGGCGACAUGUGACCAUUGGUACGCUGAUGGUACAUUUAAAACGUCACCGCUAUUGUUUAAGCAAGUUUUUACAAUACACGCGAUUAAGUAUAAUAACGUUCUGCCAACGGUUUACGCACUGUUGCCGGAUAAAUGUCAAGAUACGUAUUCUCAUGUAUUGGAUCAACUGAAGCUGCUUAAACCAGGGCUGUAUCCAGUCAGUGUUAUGACUGAUUUUGAAAAUGCCCAGAUAAACGCUUUUUCCCAUAAUUUUCCAGACAUCAGGAACAGAGGUUGUUUUUUUCACUUCAGUCAAUGCAUUUGGAGAAAAAUUCAGACAAUCGCUGACAUUCGAUCCAAAUACGAGGAUAAGGAUGAUCCGGACUUUGCAUUGAACGUGCGAAAGUUGGCCGCUCUUGCAUUUGUUCCAGAGCCCGACGUAGUUAAUUGUUUUGAAAGACUCCUCUGGACAACAUUUUAUACGGAUAACGAAGACCUGAUGUCAGAUUUGGUAGAUUAUUUUGAGUCCACGUGGAUUGGAAAGCCCCGACGAACCGGCCUUGGAAGAAUGCUUCCUAAAUUUAAGCUGAGCCUCUGGAAUUGUUACGAGGCAUCGUUGAAUGAUCUACCCAAAACUAACAACGCCGUUGAAGGCUGGCAUCGAGGAUUCAGCUCUCUUUUAGGAGCAAAUCAUCCAUCUAUUUGGAAAUUCAUUGAGGGUCUGCAAAAUCAGCAGAGCCUAAAUGAAUUCCAAAUCAACCAGUACAUUGCUGGAUUACCACCAGCACAGGGACGACGGUGUUAUCGAGACACAGCAUUGCGAAUUAAAGAAAUCGUUGAAGACUAUGGGAAUCGCGAUACCUCCGAUUAUUUGCAGGGAAUUGCUCAUAAUUUUCAAUUCCAAUCUUGCUAA